GGCAAAUCUAAUGAGCAUCUCAUAUCACCAAAUCUCUUAAACACAACAAAGACCGCAGCUAAGCUUCCAUAUAGUGUUCAGACUUGGAUAAUGUGUCACUCUGGGGUUUCAUGUGGCUGUUUGCUGAUUCAAUGCUUGUGAGCGGUGUAAAGGUCCCAGCCUUUGGAAGUAGUGUCCUUCUAACCAGUUUUUGGCAAUCUAUUACCGAAGCAAAUGCAACCCCUUUAUUGAAAAGUGAUUUGACAACAGAAGAAAGAAAAAGCUUUGGUGGAAAGUGCUUCAACUUUUAUGAGAGAGCAUUGGUCAAGAAAGCAUGGAAGAAGAAAACGACCCUUCUCCAUUCAGACUCCCUCCGAUCUUGAGGCCUCCAUUGAGUAUCACUGGACUUUACAUUCCAAGAGACAACAGGGUCUACCACAAGCACCAGAAUAAAGGACUAAACCAACAGGCUUGCAGAAAGAUGACUUCCAGUUCUCAGAAGGAACACAUUCCUGCUGUCAUUAAGGGACAUCGACACUUCAGUUUCGGAGGAUCUGUGUUACCUGAGUCUGUCAUCAUUGAGCAAUAUUACAACCUUACACUAACUAAGAAGAGUAAUGUCCGACUGAAUGACCAGCUGAUUCCCAAGCCAACAGACAUCGAUAUGAGUACAAAGAUGAUUAAAGUUGAUAUCCCACGGGAACAUCCAUACAGCUCCCACAUCGCCCGGUAUCCUGCUGUAUUUCCAUCAUACCGAUCACCAGCAGUACAGUCCUCCAUUCCCGCAGCUCCUGUUCUUGUGUGGCGGCACCAUCAAAGAAGCAAAAUAUAAAAUGAAAAAUAAAACAGUAGUAAAUAUGUAAA